GUUUAACUACCUAACUUUAGUCAAAUAUAAAACAGCGUAUCCAUGUUUUUUAUUCCAACAAUAUUCCAAUCAAAUCUCCAAGUUGAGAGACUCAGACGCCACAAUAGAGAUGGUCAAUCUUUAGAAUAACUGCAACGAAAAUCAAACAAUGAAGAAGAAAAUAUCGACAGAAAAACCACUACAUCUUGUACUAACACCAAAAAUGAUACAGUAUUAUUAGCAAAAAAAUAAUUAAAUAAACCCUUAUAAUAAUGGGUUUCGGAUUUCUAAAGUAGUAGAAAAUAUCAUAAAUUAAAUGACCAAUAUUACGUUUCUUUUACUGCUGAACGCUAAAAAUUGGUUACACCUUUACAACUUUGACCAGAAUAUCAAUGAUGAUAAUAACGAUAAUAAGGAACGUUUGGAAGGAUCAUUCGCCAAGUCGGGACCUGAAGGGAUAAUGGGAUACCGCGAUAAGAAAAAAGUGGCCAUGGAUGAUAUAAGUCAUAAGGUUAUAACCGGUGAUAAACUUAUAGCCGACGCCUUUAGCCACAGAGACCUAUUCUAUUACAGCAAUAGAUUACCCACAGAUGAUUAUUACCAAGAAAUGUAUGACGAACCGAGCCAAAGCCGGGAAAGAAAAAAGAAAAAAGGGGUUAAAUGGCCUUCAAACUUCAGGGGCGGUCCGCGUAUCAUAAUGGGCAAUGACUAUAAAGAACAUAAAAUAAUCGCGCCAUUUGAAGGGGUGUCUGGUCCGCCUCUGGUCGAGAUUCAUCUCAACACCCUCAUAUUGAUAAAGAACGACACCAAGAAUAAUUAUCAUGGUGACAAUACCCCAUCAUCCCUAGAUGCUUCUCCCGCCAACAUAAAAUUGAAGAUGUCAACCCACGUGACAAAUGUACAUGUUCUUAGCAUGUUCCUCAUCCUUUAUGUCCUACCCGUUAUCACUUGUGUGGGAAUACUGGGUAACGUUUUGACAGUCAUAGUAUUUUUCAAUUCUUUUUUGCUCAAGGUACCUUGCUGGUGUUAUCUGGCCGCCCUCUCUUUAAGCGAUUUUGGCUUUCUCUGCACCACCAUGAUUAUAAUAAUCUCGUCCUCACCUUAUUUCAAAAAUGGCGUGGCGUGGGCACUUUUCAACAGCGACGGCAUGUGCCAGAUCUUGAGUUAUCUCCACGAGGUAUUCGCAUCUCUCUCCGUGUGGAUCAUAGUUAUGUUUACGGUAGAAAGAUUUCUAGUAAUAUGCCGCCCUUGGAAGAAAGGGAGUCGUUUAAGCGAAAUGAAACCGGUCUCGAUGUCGAGAGCUAACAAAGUCAUUUUCACUUUGACGGGUAUCACGGCGUUGUGGUUUUCUUACACCUUCAAGAUCCAAAAAUUGGUAUACAACGGGCUCGUUACGAUGUUUAUCAAUCACCAGAAUUAUUCUACUAACGCUAUAAUUAAUCCGAAUAAAGAGCGCAAUAAUAUAUCCGACAACAGCACAAUUCUUCCCCUAAGCGUCUCUACCAAACCGAAUAUUGAUUCAUCUAGCAUAUUCAACUUUUUUGAAAAAAUCUUUCAUAAUUUGUCAUUAAAUAUCACCAAGCAAGAGAGUCUGAGAAGGAGUCUUCUAAAAAUCAACGACCUUAGAACGGGAGAGAUACCAUCAACGACACCCAAAUCUAUUCCAAAAUCCUUCAAUGACUACGGGUGCGACAUAGAUCCUGAAUACGAAUACACAUCCUACGUUCUCAAGAAUAUAGAGACAACUGUCAUGCUAAUAGCACCUCUGUUUAUCAUAGUUUUCUGCAAUAUCAUGAUAGCCCGCAAAUUGAUCAAUUAUCGCGGGCUGUGGAAACGUAUCAAUCAAAAGAACGCCAGUAUAAGGGCCUACCCGAAUCCUUUAAAAAUUCUGAGAAAAGGAAGCAAUAAGAAAAAAAACGAAAAUUUUAAUAGGACCAAACACGUUGACAAUCGUAAGCCCAAGAGAAUUCCCUCGUCUUCCUCACAAAAGCCCCUCAUUCCGCGCAGCAGCGAUUUCCUCCAAAAUGGCGAUACAUCGAUCCAUUCAAAUCUCAACUGUAGCGUAAACGAAGAUGAGCCAUAUGUUACUAAGUCCAUUCAACAUAAUACCUUGAUAAAGUUGUGCAAAAGAGAAAGUUCUAUAUUUUCGUUGCUAACUUGUAUAUACGACAACACUCUCAACUUAAAUAGCCAUCCUAAUAAUAAUCUAGUUCUCAAUCAUGCUAAUCUUGAUAAUGAUAGCUUGGCAAAAAAUGAAAAUGAAAGGGAUACGUAUAAUAUUCACGAUACAAAGAUUGAUGUUCUAACGUUGGGUGAGAAUGAUAUUGUAACUCCUAACCCGGUAAAGGAUAUUUUGAAUUUUGGCGAACAACAAUCGAUUGAUUCCUCCUGUCAUGUUGGCAAGUCCAUCAGCUUCUACAAGAUUAUGAACAAAUUUUACAUUAAUUCCCCUAGGAACUCGAACAAAUCUAACACUACAAACACCACGAAUGCUGACUCGUCUAUCGAUGACCAGAAACAUGACCCUAAAUCCAAAUGUUAUAAUAAGAUAAAAAUUAAGCAAAAGUUCAAAAAGGUGUCCCAAGCAGUCAGUACAACAGGGAUAAUAGAUUCUAGGGGGAAAAACUCCAAAUCGCAAAUGGCUGUCACAAAGAUGUUGCUCAUCGUUUCAACGGUAUUUUUGCUUUUCCACACCCCCUUUCACGCCUCGCGAUUCGCUUUAUUCAUGUAUUCCUUGAAACGAAAUCGUAGCAAUAACCAUGAAAAUGAUAUGAUAUUUCACAUAAGUCCUAUUUGGAUAACUUUACCGUACUUCCUCCGGCACAUUAGUUAUGCUAUAAAUGUUUUUUUAUAUAGUGCAUCGGGAACAAAUUUUCAAAAAGCCAUCAGACAAGUCCAAAGGAAGAUAAUGAAAAAGUUUUUAGUCAUGAAUGGUAAUAUACCGCCUAAUAGUUCUGGCAUAAUGAAAGGGAGCAUAAUAAGCACCUUCGAACCAAGUAUCAACAUGAAGGACAAUACCAAUUCCAUACCGAAUGACAAAAUAUACCUAAGAAUAUCGUCCAACCUCGAAUUAUCGAACAACACUUAUGGCCCAAAUAAAAAUGAAAAGGAAGCAACCGUUUUAUAUAGAAGAAAUGAUGAUGGAGUGUGGAAAGAAAAUAUUGGGGUGGAUACGAAAUCGGAACACGGCUUUCCUAACAAUGACAACCUGUCCCUCAUAGUCAAUAUAGAUGAGGCAGAAAAACGAUGUAAGGAGGGUUAUUUGAAAAACGGCAGUAUAAUGUCGAAGAGGCAUCAUACCUUUCUCAAAGUUGUCGAUAGAAGUGUUAGCUUUAAGAUUGAGGAUGGCAAUUCUAUGGAACAAGCAGCAGAAUAUCAAAAUGAUAACGUGAAAUGCGAAUCCUAUCAAUUUAAACGCUCUUAUCGAGAUGAUGAAGAUGAUGAAGAUAGCGAUGGUGAUGGUAAAAAACCUUUUGGGUAUCAAAAUAUUCCAGCCAGACUAGUAUGUUGCAAAGAAAUGUUAUUUGUUGACAGAAAGGCAAAUCACGUCCACCUUCAUAAAACGCGAGAUGAUAGCUAUCCAAAAAUGUUGUCCAACAACAUAUCGAAGGCGUACAGUAUUAAUACCCGCGAUAAAAUGAAAUUCAAACUAAGAAGGAAUAAUUCGCGCAAUAAUUUGACUAUGAAUUGUAUCGAUCUGCUACUUAAAUAUUACACUGGCGCGUCUUCGUUCCAUAAAAUGGAGGCGAUAAAAUGCCAAAUCGCUUCGAAUGGCUUUACCGGCGCCAAUUUAAAUGUCAAUAAAUGUUCGGUUAAAAAUGUGAUGUCUAGGAUGACAGGCUCGACCCCUUUGGAGCCUCGUUUACCCUUUCUGCACGAUCUCAUCAAUCCCCAAAUGUUCCAAAAUCGAGAUCUCCAUAAAGACGAUAUUCAACCAACUCUAAAGAGUUACCAUAAACCAAAUUAUUACUUUUAUAUAUAAAAUUAGUCGCAGAUAUUAUUCAAUUACUUUUGUAUAUAAAUUAAUCACGGAGAUAGUAGUCGCUUAAAUUAUUGAUCGAGAUUAGUGUUGUUAAACGGCGGCUAAACUCAGAACUUCAUCCAGAAAAAAUACCCAAGCCUGAAGAUUUUGCUCAUAGAAGGGACAAAGGUCUAGAAAUAUAUUGUCGAAAUCUUGAGGUUUACAAUAUUUUUCUGGUUAAAAUACCGAGUUAGUCGUUUUUAAAUUUUCGGCUCAAAACGAGCCGCCGUUUAGCAACACUAAUCGAGACAUUAUUAAUCCACCAUAACAUUCCAUUUGAUCUCACAAUAUAUAUUUUUUAAAUCUUCUCCUCUCCAUCAAAAAUGUAUUAAGACCCCACAACAUGUA